AUGGCCUUGGAUGCGUUGCACAAUUGCAAUCGACGCUCCAGAAGCCCUUACCAGGCAAGCGGAGCCUCUCCCGACGCCACAUUAACGUUCUCAUUUGAAAUUGAUGAGACCGACCGCUCGGCGGUUUUUUGUCCAACACGGCGUUUCCUCCGAGGCCGCCGCCAGCCUCGGACACCGAAACCACGCGUCGCUCAUCACGAGCCCGUUUCUGGCCUCGUUCAUUAA